AUGUCGAUGCGGAAGGUGCUGCUGCUGGUCGCAUCAACGCUGAUGUGGCUGGCGGUGCUUGUGCUGUUGUCUUGGAGCGGGCUGUGCGUGGUGACGCUUCCGCUUGCUGCACAAGCUUCAAUGGCAAGCAGCGGGAUGGAGCUGCCAAAAACACACACAGCAAUGCUCAAUGUGAGCGACACACCUGGUGGUGGGUUGCGAGCAUCGGCAGCGUUGAAUGCAGACACACCGACGUUAGCAGCACGAUCAUCAUCAGCAACAGACGCAGCAGCAUUGACUGCACCAGCAGCACAGCAGCACGCGGCACGACGACGGUCGCUGUUGGCUGCGCCAUCAUCACCGCUGGCAGCGGGCUGGGGCGAUGAGCUGCAACGGUGCCCCUCGGAGACGUGCCGGGUCGUGUUUGUGCACAUCCCGAAGACCGGUGGCACGACGUUUAUUCAGGCCAUGGUGGCCUGGACGGCACGGCGUAAGCUGUCGUUCUUGCGCUGCAUGGAGCAUGUUUCUGCCAAAACGUGUCACGGCUGGACAGCGAGGAGUGAGGCGCCUGCAGCCGCCAAGACGGUGGUGGACCCCGUUGUCGGCGCAGAGGUGGUCACCCACCGCCCUGGGCAGCAGCAGCAACAGCACGAUGACGGUGGGCAGCACAGCAGCCCCAUGUUUAGGGAAGUGGCUCCAGACAUCGCGGGUGCUCGGGUCAUCUUUGGGCACAUGCCAUUCGCAGCCCUUCCCCCUUCUCCUGGAGUUGACACGGCAUAUGUGUCGGUGCUGCGUGAGCCCGUGUCACGGAUCCUGUCGCACUUCAACUACGUGAUGCCGCUGACGGGGUUUUCGUCGUGGUACCGGCGGCAGGUGCAGCACAAGGCGUGCAACCUGCAGGUGGCCUAUCUUGCCGGCGUUGCUGGCAGCGGGCCGCUCAGCGUCGCCGACGGCCACUGCCACCGCGUGAACGAGACCCACCUGUGGCUUGCCUGCAAGCAUUUGCGCAGCAACCUCUCCCUGGUGGGUCUGCACGACUUUCACCUGGAUUUUGACAAGCAGUUCCUGUGCAUGUUUGGCGGGAUGGACGUGGAAGCGGCAGAGACGGUGCUUGCACACCACGCCACCCCGCACGAGCACCGCGGCAAGCACCCGGCCCACUUUACCCCGCUCACGCUCUCCACCAUCACCGACGACAGGCUCAUCGAGCGGGUCUUUGAGGACAACCUGCUUGACGUGAUGCUGUAUCUGUAUGCGGCAGUGCUGCUGGGUCGCCUCCCACCAGACCGCUACGAAACACCACCGCAGCCCAGCGUGUCGCAUGCAGAGCCGCAUGCACAGCCACACGCACAGCCGCACGCACAAGCACACGCACAAGCGCCGCCUCUGGGCGAGUCUGCUGCGUGCGCGCGUGCACGGCGCUUUCGCCCCCCUGCCGGAUCCCCGGGCCCAUCGUUCUCGGUCCUGGACGUGCUCAUCAACGACACGUCUGAGACUAGCACCGGUGACCGUGACAACGAUGGCAGUAGCAGGGGUGAUGGUGGCAACAGUGACAAGAGUAGCAGCGACACCGGUGACCGUGACAACGAUGGCAGUAGCAGAGGUGAUGGUCGUACUGAGAUUGGCUACCGCCGCCAUGGCGACGCUUCUCAGCCAGGCAAUCCCCACCACACCCACCACUACCACAGUGCGCCACCGCCACCACCACCGUCACCACCACCAGCGCAGGAUCAGGUGCGGCUGCGAUCGUCAUUGUCGCGACAGGAGGCGCUGCUGCAUCGCCUCUACACGCGUGCCCUGCAGUCCGACCUCUUCCUCGCCCUACUCAGGCACAACAACAGCAACAACAGCAGCAACAAUGCUUGAUGAAGACAAUAAAAAGGACCCAUGACUCAAGCAAGAUGUGCCAGCUACACACCAAUCUCACGCGAGUUCACACACGACUGAGAAGCAGAGUGCAAAGGCAACAAACAAGCCAGCCAGCGAGUGCAGCAAGGCAAAACGAGUCAGCCAGCCCAAACGCUUUCGCGCAGCAGCAAGCACAGCAUGCGCAACAUCGCCGACAGAUUGGACCACGGCCCCACUCCAGCGCUCGCCGUUUGCGUGCAUGCAAAACAACCACUUCGCACCCACCCUCACCCAGCCACGCUCACG